AUGAGUGAGAAGAGUACUAAGAAGGUCACAAAAGAGCGAAACCAUCAACUUCCUUUCGCAGAUGCUCCAACUCACCAAAAGGAUUCAUAUUUUGAAAGUACAUUAAGACAAAAGAUACAAGAUACUAUACAGAUAUUCACGGGUCAAAGAUUUAUACAUACUCAUCCAGAAGAAAUCACCGUUUUGGCAAAAUUCUUAUAUUUAGCAUUGACUACAUUAGCUGGAUCAAGAACAUUAGGAGAGGAAUAUACUGAUUUAAUUUAUGUUUCAAGAAAUGGUAGGAAAAUACCCAAAUUGUUAAGAAGGUUGGGAUUUAUUUUAUCUUAUGCUAUAUUACCAUAUUUCAUAUCAAAAUUUCUUAGAAGACAAUUCAAAACAGAUGAUAAUGCUACAUUAAAAGAAGAAAAUUCAUGGAGGAAUAAAUUAUCUAACAUUUCAUAUUCAUCAGUUAUGGAUUCAUUAAUCAAUGCACAUUUAGCCAUUUUUUAUUUAACAGGAUCAUAUUAUCAAUUAUCCAAAAGAAUAUUUGGUUUAAGAUAUGCAUUUGGCCAUAAAAUUAAAACAGAAGAAGGUGUAUCAAGUGGAGGUUAUGAAUUAUUAGGUGGUAUAAUCUUUUCACAAAUUUUAUUCAAAAGUAUAAAUAAAUUAACAGAUUUGUUAUCAUCAAAUACAACACAAGAUGAAUCAAACGAGAAAACUAAAGAUGAAGGAAUACUUACCCAUGUACCAGACGUAAAAGAUUAUGAAAAUAUUGAUCUUUCAAAUCCAAAAUUAUUACCAUACAUCCCGGAAAAUUCAAGAAAAUGUAUGCUUUGUCUUUCAUACAUGAUUAAUCCAAGUUGUGCACCAUGUGGUCAUGUUUUUUGCUGGUCAUGUAUAUUAGAUUGGAGUCGUGAACAUCCAGAAUGUCCAUUAUGUAGACAAGCAUUAACUGAACAAACAUUAUUACCAUUACAUUAA